AAAAUGCAGUGUUCACGUGAAUGCACUUCAUCCGCCAUCAUGUACAUGGAAAUGUAGCGUGAGAACGAUCAGCGCGGGCUAAUUUAGCGUGAAUUGGGAACCAGCGGAGAUUCUCAAGAAAGCAGCCGAGUCAUCAAAGCCGACUGAACAAACAGUCCCGGCGUGAACCCCGCUGGAGCGGCUUUGGGGGGGCCGCAUGCACACGUCGUUAUCUAGUUCAGUGAGUGUGCUGGAAUGCCAGGCCCGGCUUCCUAUGGUGACAGCAGCAGAGCGUAACUUCAAAGGCACACCAACGCCCCGUAGGCACACACAGAUUUAGAGAUACCGUGCAGUGUUUGCUUCGGCCAUCCCUAGCAACAGGGCGCCGAACGCUUACAGCAGCAACAACAACAAAAAGAAAGUCAUGUCAGCCGGCGUCCACGCUGCAAGGAGCCUGAGACCUGCUGUGCCCGCCUCCCAUUGGCCGGUUUGCAAUGGACGUAAUUUCCAGGAAUUCCAUGAUGAGCCUUUUCAUGGGACAUAUGUGUCCCAAAAGUAGCUCCUUUUGCUCCGGGUCGUCCUGCUCACUUUCUACUCAGCACCUCAUUCAGGACAACAUGAGAGCGCAUUACCAGAAAGUUCUGUCUGCCAAAGCUGCCAUCGACUCUUCUGUUCCAAAGACUCUCCUCACCAGCGUCAAAUAUAAAGACCAGAAGAAGAGAGAAAAACUGUUCAAAGCGCUGAGGCAAUACCAGCACAUCCUGCGGACCAGACGGCCGCUCCCCGCAGGUGACAUCACCGAAGAUAAAAGUCAGCAUGAUGUCAACGGCAUCACCAAUCAACGAAAUCUUCACAAAGCUCGUGUCGCACCUCUCGGGACGCCCAUCACAUCACUGGCAGGUCCAGAGGCGGUCAGCAGCUCAGUCAAAACAGUCCAAGGGGGGCUCUGCCAGGAUGCCUUGAGGUCUCUGAAUCACACAAGAAGUUCUUCAAGACUGUGGAAGAGCCUCGGGAAAUACAAAGAUGAGACGCUCGCAAAGAAAAUCUAUUCGACUCCCACGAAGGCAACGUACUGCGGAGAUGUCCUCGAUAAGCACUCGAAGUGGUUCACCCGGCGGAGUAAGCCGUUCACGCCGAGGACACUGAAGAAAGCGGCCAAGCCUUUCUUAUCGAAUUACCGGUACUACACGCCGCCCAAGAGGGGCUCACUAUCCCCUGUCAACAGGUCGACGGACGUCCCAGUGCUGGCUUUAGAGGAAUACAGAAGUCAGGAUGCCUCCCAAUAUCAAAAACAGGACUACAGAGGAGGUCUGCGUUUUUUCACAGCAUCUCAGGUUCCAUCUGACACUCUAAGGGAAGAAGAACUGCGGUAUCUGGACUUCCUUGAAGACGUCACCAAUGAGAUUUUACUGAGAGGAUGUUACUCCAACAAGGUGAUGGACGGCGUCUUCCAAAAGCACAUGGAGCGAAGAUAUGACCUGAAUAAGGUGCGGAUGAGGACCAUCCUGCAGCAUCUCGCUCAUGACAUCACCUACAGCAGCAACCUCCUCGACUUCUCCAUAAGCUACACGGGUGAACGUCGUGAAGGCCUUCCUCUGACAGGCUCGGCCUCGGAAGCCUUAAGGAGUCAAUUCCUGAAAAACACAAAAGACGACAAAGGACAGGAGGCUGAAAUCUCCGAGUUAAGGGAAACAAAUUCGAGGGACGCGGAAGUUGACAACUUGAGGGCGACGUUCACAAAGGUGUUGCACGUUUAAUGUUAACACGUAACACAAAUGGACAUCAGAAGACAGAAACAGCCAAUCCCACGAUUUAGAGGAAGUAAAUAUUUAAUGGGAAGUUUGUCACGAAUGAUGGGAAAUCUUUUCAGGUGGAAAUGUGGAAAUGGAUUUAGUGGCACAUAAAACAUUCAUGACACUUUUUCUUGAUAUUUUGUCACAGCACAAUAAUCCACAUUCAUCCAUUUUCAAAGCUGGUUACUGGAAGAUUAGAUUUUAGAGAAAAGCAUAGAGGAGGCGUUUCUAGAGGUUUAUAGAUUGAAGAAAACAUUGAACAUCAAAGUCCAAUGUGCUGAAAUCGAUUGGCCGGUGUACGGCGUUGAAUGGAGAUUUAGAACGACAAUUAACAAAAAUGUCCUUAAUAAACGUAUUGGAUUGGUUUGUCGAACUUUGUACGUUUAAUUCAUUUGCUUUGUUUUGGUGAUUACACCUUAAGAAUUUCUACACAACCACCUCUGGGGGACACAGAGCGUAUAAACAUGGCCCACCUCGACGAUUUUAAUAAACCCUGAAUGUGAAUGACUCGACAAUCCACUGGGCUCAGCGUGUUUGUCAGCUGCUAGAGACUCCAAGGAAAGGUGGCUGUGCGAGUGGAGACUCCGACAUUUCUCAAACGUGAACGGUUUGGGCACACUUCUAGCGUUAUUUGCUCAUUUCAUUCAGCAGAUUUCACAGUGAGAACGUUCAUCAAUUUCAAAGCCAUCUA